CUGAAAACAAAUUAAUGAGAUCCCGAACCCAACUUUACUGGGAAAGUGAAAGUGGAAAUCUUUGCGAAACUGCCGGAUUUUUCAUAGAUCUAUAGCCGUAUAGGCCUAUGUGUGAUUUGUUGGAAAGUCGUUGUGAAUGAAUAAUGAUAUCAAAGAUUAUUAGCUUUUGUUUAAGUAACAGACUUCUUUCUGCAAGUAAACAAUCUACAUUACACAUUACCAACCAUUGUCAAUGUUUAAGAAAAGCCUUCACAUGUCCCUCAGCAAAUUUUACAACUGGAUCAAUAUUACGGAGCCAACUGUCAGAGUUAGAAUAUCAUGCAGUCGCAGAUGAGACCAUGGAAUCUCUCACUGAGGUGUUCGAAGAUCUGCCUGACUCAGUGCCAUGUGAUCCAGAAUAUGAUGCCCAAUACUCGAGUGGUGUGCUUACAGUAAAAAUCAGCGAUAAGUUUGGGACAUAUGUCAUCAACAAGCAACCUGGCAACCUGCAAAUCUGGCUUUCCUCUCCAGUCAGUGGUCCUUUUCGUUAUGACUUUCUGGAAGGAACAUGGAUUUACAAAAGAACCUCACACACUCUGCAUGAUGUUUUGUCUGACGAAGUGUCUAAGGCUCUGAAUGCCUCAGUAGACUUUACCAAGUGUGCCUAUGGCUGUCGAAAGGAAAGCUAGGGUACAGAUACUCGGAUCAGAAAUUGUUUUGUGGUGUUGUUAAGAAUGCACUGUUACUGCCUGAGAUGUUUUCCGUGGCAUUGUUAUUAGAUAGUAUCACAGUGUGACAUGUUAUGCAUUUAUCUAAUUGAUACAUUGUGUGAAAAUUUACUUUACACAUAAUUUGAGACCUUUUAUUUGAUGACAACAUUGCCAUGGUAUGAACUAUAUGACUGUGUGUUUUUGCAGGCAAUAAUAUUAUGAUUUGCCUAA